AUGGCGGAAUGUGGAGAGUCGGUGUCGUGUGAGCGUUAUUCUUUAUCUGAUAACACAACCCAUCAGGUGGUGUGCAUCAACAACAUCAACUUCCAGAGGAAAUCAGUCAUUGGCUUUGUGGAGCUGACCAUCUUUCCCACCGUGGUGAACCUGAACCGCAUUAAGCUAAACAGCAAGCAGUGUCGCAUUUACAGGGUGCGAGUGAAUGAUCUGGAGGUGCCCUUUAUUUAUAACGACCCCACACUUGAGGUCUGCCAUCAUGAAUCCAAACAGAGGAACCUGAACUAUUUUUCCAGUGCGUACGCUGCAGCUGUGAGUGCUGUGGAUGCGGAUGCUGGGAAUGGAGAGCUGUCCAUUAAAGUACCCUCUGAGAUAUGGAAGCUUGGAGAUGAGAUUAAAGUUCUGAAGGUGUACAUCGAGUUCUCACUGGACCAGCCUAAGGGUGGGCUCCAUUUUGUUGUACCUGACAUGGAGGGCAGCAUGGCUGAAAAGGGAGCACACGUCUUCUCCUGCGGAUAUCAGAAUUCCACAAGGUUCUGGUUUCCAUGCGUGGACUCGUACUCGGAGCUGUGCACGUGGAAGUUGGAGUUUACUGUGGACGCCUCAAUGGUGGCAGUGUCUGGCGGUGACCUCAUCGAGACCAUCUACACACAUGACAUGCGCAAGAAGACCUAUCACUAUCUGCUGCCCAUCCCCACUGCUGCCCCCAACAUCUCACUGGCUAUAGGGCCCUUCGAGAUUCUUGUGGACCCGUACAUGCAUGAGGUUACACAUUUCUGCCUGCCGCAGCUGCUGCCUCUGCUGAAGCACACCAUGUCGUACCUGCACGAGGUGUUUGAGUUCUACGAGGAGAUCCUGACAUGCCGCUACCCAUACUCCUGCUUCAAAACGGUUUUUGUUGAUGAAGCCUAUGUGCAGGUCUCCUCCUACGCCUCCAUGAGUAUCUUUAGUACAAACCUGCUCCACAGUAGUGUGAUCAUUGACCAGACCCCACUGACACGCCGCUGCUUGGCACAGGGCCUGGCACAACAGUUUUUUGGCUGCUACAUCUCCCGUAUGUCAUGGUCUGAUGAAUGGGUCCUGAAGGGCAUCUCAGGCUACAUAUAUGGCCUCUACCUCAAAAAGACGUUUGGAGUCAAUGAGUAUCGGUACUGGAUCCGUGAGGAGCUGGAUAAGAUUGUGGAAUAUGAGCUGAAGACAGGAGGUGUCCUACUGCACCCUACUUUCAUUGGAGGAAAGGAAAAAGACAGCCCGACUCCCCACCUGCAUUUCUCCAUCAAACACUCACACACACUUUCCUGGGAGUACUACAAAAUGUUCCAGUGCAAAGCUCACCUGGUCAUGAGGCUGAUCGAGAACCGAAUCAGCAUGGAGUUUAUGCUGCAGGUUUUCAACAAACUGCUGAGUCUGGCCAGCACUGCAUCGUCACAGAAGUACCAGUCACACAUGUGGAGCCAGAUGCUCUUAUCCACCUCCGGCUUUCUCAAGUCCAUCUCCAACGUGUCGGGGAAAGACAUCGGACCCUUGAUGAAGCAAUGGGUAGAUCAAAGUGGGGUGGUGAAGUUUUUUGGCAGCUUUGCUUUUAACAGGAAAAGGAACGUGCUGGAGCUGGAGAUCCGCCAGGACUAUACUUCUUCUGGCACCCAGAAAUAUGUGGGCCCCAUAAAGGUGACGGUUCAGGAGUUGGACGGAUCCUUCAACCACACGCUACAGAUAGAAGAGAACAGCCUUAAACAUGACAUACCCUGCCAUUCCAAAAGCAGAAGAAACAAGAAGAAGAAAAUCCCUUUGAUGAAUGGUGAGGAGGUUGACAUGGACCUAUCAGCCAUGGAAGCAGAGAGAGGCAGUAGAGGCAGGGCUGGUAGAGACAGGAUUGGUGCAGAACUAAGCAGAAGAGCAUCCACCACAUUCUUCAGCCAAGGUGCCGACUCUCCACUGUUGUGGAUUCGGAUCGACCCGGACAUGUCGGUUCUGCGGAAGGUGGAUUUAGCCCAAGCUGACUUCAUGUGGCAGUACCAGCUGCGGUACGAGCGGGACGUGGUGGCACAGGAGGAGGCUAUCGUGGCGCUGGAGAAAUUCCCCUCUGCUUCCUCACGCCUCGCCCUCACAGACAUUCUGGAGUACGAGCCGUGCUUCUACAAAGUGCGCAUGCAGGCCUGCUUUUGCCUGGCCAAGAUCGCCAACGCCAUGAUGAGUACAUGGUCCGGUCCUCCAGCAAUGAAGUCCCUCUUCACACGCAUGUUCUGCUGUAAGAGCUGUCCCAACAUUGUCAAGACCAAUAACUUUAUCAACUUCCAAAGCUACUUCCUGCAGAAGACCAUGCCAGUGGCUAUGGCAUUGCUCAGGGACAUACAGAAUCUUUGCCCCAAAGAGGUGCUUAACUUCAUUCUGGACCUCAUCAAAUACAAUGAUAACAGCAAGAACAAGUUUUCUGAUAACUACUACCGUGCUGAGUUGAUUGAUGCCUUGACCAACUCAUUAACACCAGCCAUCAGCAUCAAUAACGAGGUGCGCACUAUAGACAAUCUGAGCGCAGACAUCAAGUUUAUCUUGGAGGAAGUGACUCGCUACCUUAACAUGGAGAAACUGCUGCCCAGCUACAGAAACAUUGUCACCGUCAGCUGCCUACGGGCCAUCAGGAUGCUGCAGAAGAACGGCCACAUUCCCAGUGACCCCAGCCUAUUUAAGGCAUACGCUGCAUACGGGCAUUUUGUGGAUGUGAGGGUUGCUGCUCUGGAGGCUGUGGUCGACUAUACCAGAGUGGACAGGAGCGCUGAAGAGCUUCAGUGGUUGCUGGACCUGGUCCAGAACGAUCCAGCACACUACGUCAGACAUAAGAUUCUUAGCAUGAUGUCCAAGAAUCCGCCCUUCACCAAAGCUGCUGAGUCGCCCCUGUGCACCGAGGCUCUGGUGGACCAACUAUGGAAGCUGAUGAACUCUGGUACAUCUCAUGAUUGGCGUUUACGUUGUGAUGCUGUAAACGUCUACCACACUCUUUUUGGCCUGACGAGACCAGCCUGCCUGCCUCUCCCUGAGCUCGGCCUUGUUCUCAAUCUGAAAGAAAAGAAGGCUGUCCUUAACCCCACCAUUAAAUCAGAACAGGAGGGUCCGGAGCUAAUGCCAGAGAUGAUCUUCACCGGCAGUAUCAAGGAUGAUCAAAUCGUUAUAGAGCCGGCAUUGGGUAGCAUGGCCCUUGCUACUCAGGGCCUGAAAAGGAAGGCAGAGACUCCCCUGGCUUCGCCACCAGAGCCUGGACAAGUGCUGCAGGAUGAACCAAUGGUCAAAGCAACUGUCAAGAGCCGAUUUCCCACUCAGGAUGAAGAGGACAUAGAUAUGGAUACAGUUCAUGACAGUCAGGCGUUCAUUUACCACCACCUAAACAUGCUGGAGAGGCCUUCCACACCAGGUCGAGAACCCCCGGCAGUAGAGCAGGUUGCGAUGUCCAUGCCAGCCACUCCAGUGCCCGGUUUUAUCAAGGAAGGCACCACCUCUUCCUCGUCCAAACACCACCACCAUCAUCACCACCAUCACCAUGAGCACAAGAAAAAGAAGAAGAAGCACAAACACAAGCACAAGCAUAAACACAAGCAUGAGAGCAAGGACAGAGAAAAGGACCGUGAUUUUAUGGGCUUCUCAAAUAGUCCAGCCAGCAUUCGCUCACCCUCUCUGUCUGACUGAGUUCAUCUUCACGCUGUGCAUCUGCAUAAAGUUACUGUCCUGUCUGGAACUGAAGGCUUUUAAUACCAGGUGGCAAGAUGGACUUUUUAACAUUAUAAAGACUUUUUUUCAUUGGUGAAGGAUGUCUGGUACAGUAAAAAUGUACCAUAUCUGCACGGAGAUGGGAUAUCAGAAACAUUUUAAUUAUCACAUCCACGAAGCGAACUUUGACUGUUAGGAGUCUGUAAACCCAUGUUUGUUUCCAGUGCAGGGAUUUUAUAUCCAGCAAUUUUAUUGCCCGCCCUAGAAGAAUACUUUUGUAGGCCUCUUAUUAGCUCAUGUGAAAAGUCAACUGAAUUGUAAUUGGCUUUAGGAUGCAGGAAUACCCGCCUCCACAGGGCUUUAAACCAGGUGCCCAGAGGCACUUAUGCAGCUUUUGUUUGCAUUAAUAAUUAAACAAACACCCAUUAUUAUGUUUUAAUCCACAUAUUCAUCACAAAACACAUCCUAAUAAAGGUUUUAUUGUUUUUUUAUAUAUAUAAUAGUGUUUAUUACCAAUUAAGUUUGUAGUUUCCUUUUCCGGGUGUAACACGCUGGAGCUGCGCUGUAGGAUGCAACAUCUCUGCAUAAUACCACGACACUGUGAAACAGCUGUACUUUUAAAGCUUUAAGUUGAUUGGUGAAGGUGUCGUAAUGUAACAAACACAUCACAGAUACGGUGCAGCAUCACAGCUGUUAAACUUGCCCCUGACAAAUUUCCAUACAAUAAGUAGGAUAAAAAAAAAAUUAUAACAUUUAGCAUUUAAAAAUAUUCAUGCAUUUAAAUAUUAAAUUCUAGUCUCUUGCUUUCCAUUUCACUUGUUGUCACAUGACCAGUCGUAAUCUGUUUUUACAUUUGAGCAAGUAAAACUCUCCACUCCUGUCCAUCCUGUUAUAAAUGUGAAGGAAACUCAGAUUCAGUUUUUUCUCCGGUGUUGACUGACCACACACAUACACUGAGCUCUCAACACAUGGACCACUGAGGCCGCCUCUCCUACAAAAAAUGUCCUUUUACCAACUCCUGGAAAUGACAAAUUAGCUGUAAACCUUACUUGUGCCAUGAAAAGCAGCAUUUUCAUCCUCAAGCAAUCUUCAGUUCAACAUGAGAAACUUAUUCAUUUCUGUCCAGCUAUGAGUUCUUAAUGUUAUAUUUUACAGUGUUUUUUCCUUGUAGAAGUUUUAUAAUCUUGAUAAUAGAUAAUGUUUUGUCCUUUAUAAUAAAUGCAAAUAAAAACUUAGAAUUGUGGUUAA